CCAUGGCUCUGCAGUACCCCAUGGCCGUGGGUCUCAACAAGGGCCACAAAGUGACCAAGAACGUGAGCAAGCCGAGGCACAGCCGCCGCCGCGGGCGCCUCACCAAGCUCGUGCGCGACAUGAUCCAAGAGGUGUGUGGCUUCGCCCUCUACGAGCGGCGCGCCAUGGAGCUGCUCAAGGUGUCCAAGGACAAGCGCGCACUCAAGUUCAUCAAGAAGCGAGUGGGCAUGCACAUCCGCGCCAAGAGGAAGCGCGAGAAGCUUAGCAUGCUGGCCGCCAUGCGCAAAGCGGCCGCCAAGAAGGACUGA